AUGAGGCCGAGCGAUACGAUUCUCGAUUCUACCGGCAUCGUCGAGGCUGUGGGAGGCCUUUGUCAUCACGAAGACACGUUGGUGCGGAGGCUUGCGGAGGCGCUCAGCAAGGAGUGGAAGCGCACCAGGGCACUUGGGGGAGCGCUUCCCGCCGAAAAUCAAGAGGAUGCAUCCGGACCCCAAGCGCUCAGCUUAACCAACAGCGGCGCACCCGGCGCUGUCGGCCACCCCUCCGUCCAGUUGGGGUCCCCUCAACAACCAGCUCCGCCAUUUGCUGCGGAAGGCGAGGUUGAAGCGGCUAUUGCAAUCCAUCGGCGAACUCGGGACACGCAGGUAGCCAUCGUCAACGAGGAGUCCCAGAAAGCCGAAGCCGACGUGCGAUCAUUCGAAGAGCUGUUCACAUGGAUGCAGCAGUUCGCCAAUAUUGACGCCGUCAGCUUGCGGGCCCUCCAAGGCAAUCUCAGCGGACUACGCGAGCAUAUCCGCCGCUUUUCUGAGGAGCUCAAUAAGCUCAUCCAAGCCAAUUACGACCUCAGAAUCGCUAUCAUCCAGAAAGAGUCGGACGUUAGGCGGGCCGAGAGCGAUCUGGCCGGCCUCCGCGGCCUUGCGUAUGUCGAUCGACAGCAGCUCGAAGAGAAGACUUGCGAACUUUCCCAGUGCCGACAACUGUUGCAAGCGGCUAAGGGAGAGCUAGAGCGAAAAGAGCAGGAGAUUGUGCGGCUGACCAGCGAGUCCCAGAAGGCGGGCGAUAUAAAACCAAACGCAGCCGAAGUUCCGCAGUACUUCCAGCCUCUGGGUGAGGCGGUUGUCCGCGGUAAAGCCGAACAGAUGCUUCGUGACCAACUCGCGGGUGUGCAGAAGCAAUUCCACUCUGCGUGCGUGCAACUUCGGAACGCAAGAGAAAAGGCAACAUCCCAGGAGUCCACAAUCAGCGAUCUGCAGGCGGAACUCAGCAAUCUUCAGAGCGCCAUGACCACGCAAGCAAACGACAUGGCCCGCCAAGCUCAAGAAGCCCAAGCCAAAAUGAGAACCCUGGAAUCGCAGCUUAUGUGGGCGCAAGAAGAUCUGCAGAAUCAGCGGACCAUCGAUGACCUCCGUUCUGAAGCGCGGAGCCGCGAGGUGGACCUUGAGAAUCGCAAGAAUGAGAUUGUGAAAUUGAAGCAGAAACUGAGGCAGCGAACGACGCGGGACCCAAACACCCUCAGAUCCGCCGACGAGGAAAUGCAAGCUGAAAACAUCCGCCUGUCCGACGAGCUUUACGAACUCCAGCAGCAGCUCCAAGCCAAAGAUCGUGAACUGGAAGACGUGAAGAAGCAGAAAGAGGAGGCGCUGAAAGGCAAUCCCCGGCGCAGUGAAAUCGCGCUGUCCGAGCCUGUCAUUGUCCGGACAGGAGAGGGCACGACGGCGGACGAGCAUAUAGACAUACUGAUUCAGCAGUGUCGAGCCGAGUUGACGAUUGCUGAGAAGCAGUUGGAGGACACGAAAGGCAGUAGAGCGGAGGUAAGUGUCGAGCUAACUCGACUCAAGCCAGAGUGGGACAAGCUCAAUCAGUCUCGCAUGGAGCGAGGCCGGCAGCGCAGGCAGGACGGUGGGUCGGAGGGCGCAUCAAAUCCGCCACAGCCGGCGGAAGGGGAAGCGCCUCCCACACAGACUCCGAUCAGCUCCUUGCCUGCUUCUGACGCCCCUCCCGCUUCCGGCCUCUCCCCCCCAGUUGCGAGCGAGAGCAUCCCCUCUACGCCUGCUCCUCUAUCACUCACGGAUACUGCUCAUCCUCCUUCCACUACCACCAACAAUGAAUCAAGUUACGCUGCGGCCGUCAAGAAACCUGCCGUACAGCACGUCGGUGUCCUCAAGAUCACAGCUCCCGCUCAGCCGGUGAAGAAGGGUAAUACUCAGCGAGCUGCCGAUGGAUCUUUGCUCACUGGGCAUGAAAGCGCCCAGCACGGUAAGGGUAAGAAGGCGUUUGAGACUUUGGCGCGGAAGGAGAAGGAGAGGCAUAAUGCAACAAGGAAGUAG